AUGUGUCAGACUUUUCGGGUACUGUCUUUUACGGCAACACAACUACCUGGUCCUGCACAUCAUUGUAGACAGGGAUCUCCCACGGCUAUCCUCAAAUACACUGGAAUCCAGGACGUGCUGUACCUUAAUGCCAUGCAUGGGUGUGGUGACCUCAUCUUUUCCUCCCACAUGACAUUCAUCCUCACUGUUGUCAUCACCUACUCCAAAUAUGGAACCAAUCUCCUCUUCAAGCAUCUGUCAUGGUUAUUGUCUGGAGUUAUGUCGGUAUUGAUAAUCGCAUCACGCAAGCACUACACAGUGGACGUUGUCAUUGCAUGGUACGUUGUACCUCUGGUCUACUACUUUGUUGAGCACAAGCUGGAGGACAACGUUGGCCCAAGAGACCUGCUUGAGCAUAGCCCUUGUGACAAGAUCCUACCACUCCACUCCUCGCCCUUCCACUUGAAUAUGGUAGUUUAA